GAGCGGAGUAAUUCCAGCUCUCUUUAAAACAACUUCUCAGCACGGAAUCCGUCCCGGAGUUUGGCGCUGGAGUCUCCGAUCAUCUCAGCUUCACAGCCGGGACACUGAGGCGGAGCUGCAGCUUCCAGAGCGGCGACAGAAACCUCCUGGAGUUCAACGCUGUGGAGGAUUUAUUUCGGGGUUGAAGGAAGGAGCGAGGAGCUUGGAGAAACUCAAGGAGAAACUCUGGAAAACUUUUUGGGUUUGUGCCUCGGAUGGUGUUUUUUGUCACUGUAAGCUGAUCCCGGCGCUUGGGCGGUCUGACUAUGGUUUGUGAAUUGUGUGCGGGAUCUCCAGGGUGUUUGGGAGCUGAAGGCUUUGUGAGAGGGCUGGCAAAAGUUGUGGCUUAAUUGAGUUGGCGACAGCAGGUCACUGAGCAGUGACUGUGUGCAGCCUUCUCCCUCUGCAGACGCUUGGUGAUGUUUAACGCGACGCAUGACUGAAUAUUUCUUUCUAAUGCUGCCGGAGAGCCAGAAAACUGCGACCACCGGCUGCGCAUGUUGUGCGCACCGUGCAGCACAAACUCCCGGUGUUGCGCGACGAGUGUAAAUCGAUGUGGCAUCUCCCGAGAAGCGGACGGGACCGACAGGACUCAUCCAAAACUGUCUAGGUUGUCGUAUGUUCAAGUCGAAACGCUCAGGUCUUGUACGGCGACUCUGGAGAAGCCGUCUGGUCACCGAGAGCGACGGGCGGGAUGGAAGCAGACGAGGUGAGGCAGGACGGAACGGUCCGUGCGGCAGACACUCAGGAAAGCUCCACAGACACGAGCAGCGGUCGGUGACGCACGCUGACCCGGCUCCGGGACUCGCCGGGGAGGCUGGAGAACCGACGGAGAGCGCGGAGAGGGAGGACGAGGAGCAGCCCGACGAUGACCGGGGUGCCAUGUGCGUCCCGGAGCACAGAGGCUCCCGGCGCGGACAGGAGGGCGACGCUAGGACGGUGACGUGCUGUUUGUUUGGAGAAUGGGAUCUGAGACCUCGGAGCCCUUACUGGGCCCCGAGGAAAGAUGGAGGUGGCCCUUGUCAGUGCGCACCGAGGCGUGCGGGGCUGGAGGAGGAACUGGCGAGCACCGCUCAUGCAUUUUUGAAAAGACUGAAGGAGAGAUGUCUGGACGCCUUGGUGAAGGCUGUGGAGACCAAAGGAGGAAUACCAAGCGAGUGCGUCAUGGUGCCGAGCACGGAGCUGCGGCUCGGCGCUCAUCUCAUCUCUCCACAGUAUCUUCUGUGUAAGCUGUUCCGCUGGAGCGACCUGCCGCUCACAGCCCGACUCAAAGCGCUGUGCCACUGCCAAAGCUUCGGCUCGGUGGACAGCGCAAAGGUGUGCUGCAACCCCUAUCACUACAGCCGCUUAUGUGGGCCAGAAUCACCUCCUCCUCCAUACUCUCUGUCCCGUUCAGAUGAACACAAGCCACUGGACUCAACUCUGUCUAACACUGAAACUGCGCCCCCCCUCCUCCCCAGUCCGCCUCACAUUAUGCCAAGAGACUACACAGACACUGGUACCUCCCUCGGCUCCUCAACCUCCGGCGGUCAUCGCUCUCACUGGUGCAGCGUUGCCUACUGGGAGCAGCGCACUCGCGUGGGUCGCCUCUAUCCCGCCUACGAGCCCUCGCUCAGCAUCUUCUAUGACCUACCUCAGGGCACUGGCCUCUGCCUCGGCCAGCUCCACGCCAACGCCUACCACAGCCGCCGUGAGGACCCGGGCAGCCACGGCACAUUGGGCCUCCAUGGACACCACAGCCACGGAGGCGGCGGGAACAGCAGCAGCAGCGUGCAACAGAUUCGCAGUAAAAUCGGUUUCGGCAUCGUGCUGAGUCGUGAGCCGGACGGAGUGUGGGUGUACAAUCGCAGCCAGCACCCGGUGUUCGUGCACUCGCCCACUCUGGACCCACCCAGUGCUCGAGGACUGAGCGUGAAGAGGGUGAUGCCAGGCUUCUCCCUCAAGGUGUUUGAUUACGAGUGCUCCAGCUGGAUGGCGGAGCACGGCGUGAAGCCCGAGAGCCAGGAGGGGCCCUGGGACCCCCACAGUGUUCGCAUCAGUUUUGCUAAAGGAUGGGGCCCCUGCUACUCCAGACAGUUCAUCACCUCCUGCCCCUGCUGGCUGGAGGUGCUGCUCAACAACCACAGAUAGCACACAAACACUCAGACUCACAGGAGGUGUCCUGACCCAGUAUCCUAAUUGUAAUCUACCUAGAUUUAAUAUAAAAUUUAUAUAUUAUAUAAAAUAUAUUAUACAUGUAAAUACUUGAGUCAUUUUUACGAUGCAAUUAUUUAUGUAUAGUGUAAUGUGUAUAUGGACAAAAUAAAAAAGGAACAAGAAUAUGCACUUUUGAUUCUCUAUAUGCAUUACAGAUUCUCAGUGUCAUUUUACAUCAACAUAAACUGUAAGACAAACCUGGUUUAUGUUCAUGAUUUAGCAUUUCCAUCAAGAAGUAUGCCACACACACAUUGUCAAUAAAGUAUUUGUAUUAAAUGAA